AUGGGUCUCCUCCCUCCGUUUAUAGGUGCCCUCCUCUUCACCGCCAUCCAAUUUUUGGUGCUGCUGUUCGUCGUCAUCGCGACACCAAUCGCCCAGAUUGAGUCCACGAUCAACGAACUGUGCUUCACUUUCUGGGGAUCGAAGUCUGUCUGCAGCAGGUUGCAUUACUCGGCAAAGGGCAAGGGUGCAUUCGGCAACUGUCGCCAGCGUCUCAACAACAUGAAUGGUGGCGCCGCCUUCGCCAUUAUCUCCAUUUUCACAACGUUGGUGGCACUCAUCUUUGGCGUCCUAAUGAUCUUCCGACUCACCUGCGCAGUCAUCCUCCCGCUGAUCUUCACCUGUAUAUCUAUUUUCACCAUCUUCAUCAGCUGGGCUUGCGUGGCCGGCGCGUACACCAUCAAAAUGUGCGGCGUGAAGUGGAGCAACCUUGCCUUGGUAUACGGCCCGGGAUUUAAGCUCAUGAUCGCGGCGUGGUGUCUUCAGAUUAUCAACGUGGCAGUGUUGGUGCUCAUUUCCUUUUUCUAA